CGCGGCAUCGGCGCUGAUGACAGGACAGCGCAGCCCUGCCCGCCCGGCCCGGGCACCAACGGGUUAAGGCGGCACGCCACGAGCCGGCCUCGACGGGGAGGCGACGGAGCCACCAUCGAGUCGCGGUCCUCCACGCCUGCCAGAGCGGCGGCGGUUUUUGCAGCGCGGCGACGUCAGGACGGCGGAUUCCCUGCAUCGACCCGGGCGCAAAGUCACCAGUGGUGGGCGGGAGGCUGCGAAAGGCCGACUCCGCCCCGAGCCCCGGCGGCACCAGCCUGGCGCGUCCCUCUGCCCUGCUGCUCCGCUCCUGCCCCUGCCCUUCAGUUCCCGUUCUCUGCAGGUCACAGCCGGGAUGGCUGCAGCCGUCUCCGCUCAGCUUCGAGAGGCCUUUGAGGACGUGGCGCUGUACUUCACCCGCAAGGAGUGGGAGCUGUUGGGAGAUGGAGACAAGGUGCUUUACCAGGAUCAGAUGCUGAGGAAUUACCAAGCCCUUGUUUCCCUGGGAUAUCAAGGUUUUGCACCUGACUUGAUCUGUUGCAUCCAGCGAGGGGAGAUGGAGCUCUGGGUCUGUGAUGAUGAGGACCCUGGAGAAAGCUCAUGGUCUGAGACCUCAUCCCUAGCAGGUGCUGGGACAAUGACCAGAGCUGAGCAGCGGCCUCCUGAGCAAGAGCCUGCAAACCUAGAGCUGAGUCCAGCCAGAAACCAGCUCUCUGUGCAAUGGGCACAGAGACUGGCUGAGCUCCAAAAGAGCCCUGUGUGCAGGCAGAAAGAAUUGAGGAGCCCUGAGGGUGGCACUCACAGGAAGAAGGCAAUGUAUAUAUGCAAAGAGUGCGGUGAGAGUUUUAGGGAUCAACAGGAGCUCUGGGUGCAUGAGGGAACCCACAGGAGGGAGACAGCCCACCUCUGUGCCCAGUGCGGGAAGAGCUUCCACUACAAAUCCCGUCUCCUCGAGCACCAGAGAACACACUCUGGGGAGCGCCCUCAUCUAUGCCUAGAGUGUGGGAAGAGCUUCCGGUACAAGUAUGGUCUUCUCAUCCACCAGCGGAUGCAUUCAGGGGAGCGCCCCCACCUGUGCCCGGAGUGUGGUAAGAGCUUUGCCCGCCCAGACAACCUUCAGAACCACCUGCGCCUGCAUACUGGGGAGAAACGGUACCACUGCACUGAGUGUGAGAAAAGCUUCCAGUACAAAUCCCAUCUCCGGGAACACCAGAAGAUGCACUCAGGGGAGCACCCUUGCAUCAGCCUGGAGGAUGGGAAGGGUUUCCCAAAACAGUCUCCCCUCUGUAUCUACCAGCAGCAGCACGCUGCAGAGAAACUGCAUGGCUGUGUUGACUGUGGGAAGAGCUUCUAUCAGCUGUCCCACCUCCGUGUCCACCAGCGCAUCCAUACGGGGGAGAAGCCCUAUGGCUGUGCAGACUGCGGGAAGAGCUUCAAUGACCCAUCCCAUUUCCGAGUGCACCAGCGCAUCCACACUGGCGAGAAGCCAUAUGGCUGUACUCAGUGUGGAAAGAGCUUUAGGCACAGCAUGUCUCUCACCAAUCACCAGCGCUUGCAUACGGGAGAGAGGCCCUAUUGCUGUGCUGUGUGUGGGAAGAGCUUCACACAGAGUACGGCUCUCACCAGGCACCAGAGAACCCACAGGCAUGACCUUUGCUGUUGAUGUGGGGCAGUUUCUGCUGGCUUUUGUCACCCUCCUCCCCCUGAAGCCGGGGUGGCCUGAAAUGCAUUCAUCUCCUCAUUCAACAGGUGUUGUGUUUGUAUGGUCCUGGGGAUGGGAGAACAUGGAGUCACAGAGAGGAGAGAAGAGGUUUGGGGCCUGCAGAGCACUAGGGUGCUGUACUGAGAAGUAGAAGCCAGGGAGGGGAAUGGGGUGGUCCGACUGGGGUGGGAUUGUGGUGUGGGUGUUGUCAUGGUGGGAGGGGAUCUACAGCAGCAGCCUUGCUGAUCUGAAGUGUAGUGAGGUUAGGAGGCUUCAGGGGUGAUAGGGACAGGGCCAGGCUAGGCUUGUGCUGUGCAAUGGAACAAGCAGUUGAAGGAUGGGGGAAGAUUUCAGCUCAUUGUUAAUGAUGGCAUCAGGCAGCAGAGUGAAUCUGGGCCUGGACAAGGGAACAGCAGGAGAUGCCCCAGCAAGCUGAGUCCUGGCGGGAGGGAGGGAAAGGGCCAUAAGAAGAUGUUCCUGGAGUCUCCUAGAUAAGGCUGUAGUGAGGUGGCAGGACAGAGGAGACAAGCACUCUCUUGGCCCUCUCCCUUAGAUUUAAAGUGUAUUUUAACAAAAUUGUAGCAGGUUGCUGGGUAUGGUCCUACUUGCUGAGUGAGACUGUUCUAUUCAUGAAGGGGCUUCUAUAUGAGAGAGACUGCUGAGGCCCAACCUGUUCAGUUUAGAAAGAGACACUUGAGAGAGAACAUGAGAAGGGUUUCUAAAAUACUAAAUGACAAGAGAAAGUCACUAGGGAUUUAUUAUUGACCGUCUCCCACCAGACAGGAACGAAGGGUCACCUUGUGAAACUGAGUAGGUAGCAAGUUUAAAACUAACACCAGGAAAUUCUUUUCUCCCCCAUUCAAGGGUGUGGGACUCAUCAUCACCUGAUGUGGCGGAAGCUGAGAGUUUAGCCAGAUUCACCAAGGGAUUGGACACAUUCUUGAAGGAAAGGGGCAUCAGUCACCAUUGAGGGGCACGGCCUCUGAACCAGAAUUUCCUAGACCAGUGGUUUUCAACCUGUGUUCUGCAGACCUAUGGCGGGUCUGCAGACUAUGUCUGAUGGGUCCAUGGAAGAUGACUGUGAUCACUCAAAUAUAUGUGAAUAACCACACUUACAAUUCAAAGGGGUCUGUAGCUCCAUUUGACAUUUUUUUAGGGGUCUGCAAAUGAAAACCACUGUUCUAGGCCUUAAAUGCUGGAGGCUGCAAGUGAAAGAGGAAUGUGAAAAAACCCAGGCCAGACCCAGUUUGCUCUCCCUUUCAGCAUCCACUCUCUGUUGGCAUGUGACAUAGGAGACUGAGCAAGAUGGAUCUGUGGUCUGACCCAGUCACUGGUAAUUCUUGUGUUCUUAUCUGUCCUCCAUAAGGUGUGUGUGUGCCUGUGCACUGCUUCUAGCACAGACAAUAGGAACCAUCCUUUCUGGGGUUGGUCCCCAACCCCCUGCUCAGGGGGAACCUGCAGAACAGCACCCCAUGUCAUCCUUGCCAUCUCCACAUCCCAGGCUCAAAGGCACUGGAAACGGGCCCCAGAGGAAUUGAGGACUGCCCUCUCCAUCCCUGCACUUGGUGCCUGAUGGAAAUUCCUGGGAACUAGGGUUAGCUGCAUUUUGCCCCCCACCCUUAAGCUCUAUUCCUCUGGGGGCAAUGGUGGCAUCUGGGGAGACUGCAAAGUUUACCCCCAAGCUCCACCCAUGCCCCAACCAGGCACACAAGGCAGCUGGGAACAAAGACCCAACAGAGAGAUCAGGUGCAUCGCCACGUGUGUAUGUGUGUGUCCCAGCCACUGGGCUCCCUGGUGUCAGCAGGCUGCUUAUGCCAUUUCCUGAGAGAGGGGAGCCAGCUUUGGCUGCAGGUUUUCUGGCCAAACAACGUUGAACCCACAAGAAAUGACCCCACCAAAUUGUAAUGACCAAAACAAAAACCUUCCAUCCUCCUUCAUGCAUCAAGAGAGGACCAGUUUUAGCUCUGGACUUCUCCCCAGCCAGCAGCCUGUCCUCUAGUCCCCUGGCGCUCCCUCCUGGAGCUCUUCACUCUUCUGGUGGCUGUCCUCAUUCAUGGGUCAUUAUCUUCAGCUGGCUCCCAGCUGCCCAACCAGGCACAGUGUCAUGUCCUGAUUGAACAGUCCCAUGCACCAGUACAGGCUGGGGGCUGACUGGCUGGGCAGCAGUUCUGCAGAAAAGGACCUGGGGGUUACAGUGGACAAUAAGCUGAAUAUGAGCCAGCAGUGUGACCUUGUUGCCAAGAAGGCUGAUGGCAUACUGGGCUGCAUUGGUAUGUGUGUUGGCAGUAGGUCAAGGGAAGUGACCAUUCCCCUCUAUUCAGCACUGGUGAUCAUUCCCCUCUAUUCAUGUCUGGUGUAUUGUGUCCAGUUUUGGGGCCCCCACUACAGAAAGUGGACAAAUUGAAGAGAAUCUAGGUGAGGGCAACAAAAAUGGUUCAGGGGCUGGGGGACAGGACUUCUGAGGAAAGACAGGGAACUGAGCUUAUUUAGUUUAAAGAAGAGAUGAGAAGCCUAUGCCCUACUACUGUCUAUGCCUCAUUCAAACUGCUGCUACAGCUCCAUUUCCCCUAUUACACAGAACCAUCCCUCUGCCUUGGUUUUUUAUUGUGGUAGAGCAGAGGCACAGCCUUUCCAUCCAUCCAUCCCUUCAGGGCGGGCAGGCCGUUGGGGCUUCCACAGCCCCAUCCUGCUUCACGAUGGCUGUCAUGGGCAUCCUGAAAAUGCCACAGGCAUCUCCCCCUCCACGGUAGAUGCGGAAAUAGCCCUGGGGGAUGAAUGGGGACACACACGGGCUGGGAGUCUUGUUCCCCUCCUCCCCCAUCCUGGUAUAGUCAGCCCUUGAUGCAGCCCACCCCGGGCAAUCUGCAUUGAGCAACAAAAGCCUGGAUAACCCACCCCUGGCAUAUCCACCCCAUAGCAACAUGUGAUGUGCACAGAGCAAAUGGGUCUUGUAUAACCAACCCCUGAGACACUCCAGCCCAGCGCCAGCUGCAUCCCAGCACAGUCCCAGCAGCCAUGGCUGCCCUCCCAAGUCCCCAACUCACCUCCUCCCCCCACCAUGUCUCCCAAGAGUUCUUGACAAUCCAGGAGGGUGUCUUCUCUGGAGUGAAGGAGGGGGGGAAGUUAGCAUGGCUGGAAAAGUGGGGCCAGGCCCAGUUUUGUGGAGCAGUGACAGAGCCCUGGGGGCUCCCCCAGCCCUGGCCCCAGGAACCCCCAGCUACUUGUGUAUGGUCCCCACAGAUCUCUCCUGAAGUUAUCUCCAUCCUUUAGGAGACCCUAUGAGGACCCCAGUCCCGCUGCUCCCUGAUCUGGAGCUCCCCCUCCCUCCCCAGGCAUAGCAACAUUGAGAGGAAAGACUAGCUUAAUUAAUGAAACAUUGAGACCACACCCAUGCAGUGGUAUCACUCCUGGUAAUCUCUCUUCUAUUUCCUUGCCCUGCUGCUUGUUUUUAGUUCUAGUGAGUUUGGGUCCAACUCAGGUGUGGUCAUUUUGACACAGAUAUAUACAUUAACUCAGGUGUGGAACUGAGGGACAGUGGAGUGUGGGGUGCACUAUCAAGCUGCUCAAGAAGGCUAGGUUUUGUAUUACACAUCUGAGUAAGAAAUGUAAACUUUAAUGAUGAUGGGACCAAUGAAACUCUUUUGACAUUUUUUGCCUAAUUCUGUGGGGGGUUUUACAUUUAAUAUAUAAGCAGCAAAUCAGUGCACCUUCCAAUAAAACUGUACUUAGUUUUGCUUUGAUCUUAAA